AUGGCUUUUAAGCCAAAUUUUGCUGUGAGUUGUUUUCUAAAAUCCACACAUACAAAACACAAUUUUUACAUACAUUUUAAACGAUUUAUGCAUCUAAAUAGGGAUGUUGAACAGUUACGUUGUGAAUAUCUCCAAUUGAGUGUCAAUAGGGUAUUUAUACUGGAGAAACUUACCAAAUAUGAUAUUGAAAUUAGGAAUGGAUACACACCGGAUCAAAUACUGCACAAAUUCCCCCUCGCAUUCUGCACUCAUAUAACACACAAGAAAAUCAUGUCUGCACUUAUUAAGUUGUUGAACAAUAAGUACAAUAUCCACUCUACGGUUGUAAAGGCUCAAACUAGCGGUUUAACUGUUCUCGACGAGAAUUCUGCUUUCCCUCCCGAUGCAAUCAUUUCAGCAGGCGGUGAUGGCACUUUUUUAGAGGCAGCAUCUCUGAUCCCGCCUAGAACAUAUGGUUCUAGGGGGUUUUGGCUAUUCGGUCUCAAUACAGAUCCGGAGCGAUCAUUGGGAACUCUUUGUAUUUCAUAUCCAAAUCAAUCAACUGCUGACAAUAAUAUGUCAUAUGACAGCAAAGAGUCAUGUAGCAAAUUAAAUUCUGCACGGAGAUUAGCAUUCAAAUUUAUAGAUCUGAACUAUGGGCUAGAUGAUCGAAGUAUACUAUCAGAGGUCACCGAAUUUUGUAACCUUGACAAAUUCGAAUUUUCACAGUGCGAUCGUUUUCAGCCGGGUUCUCCUCAAACAGCAGCAACAUUCGAUGGAGAAGAAUUAAUUUAUACGUCUAAUUCGGAACCUGCUACACUAGUCAAAACGUCCAUUUCAUUGCAAAACUUUCACGAACUUACCACAUCAGAAUAUGUAGACACAAUUCUUAACAAGUUAUUGGUCGCUAAAACUUGUAUUCCAAUACUGAGACAGCGCAUUAGGAUCAAAGUAUUCCCUAGGGACUCGUAUGAGAUCGAACAAUUUGGAAGCUCGAGGCCCACAGGUUAUGUUUACCCCUUUGGAGCCAUAAAUGACGUUAUUAUCGCCGAUGAAUCUUUCGGGAAAACAUUUUAUGCGUUCAUACAAGUGGAUAAUAGACAAGUUUAUAAGGUAAAGUGUAGCGGAGUGCUUGUUUCUACUGGCACAGGGUCUACCGCAUGGGCCUAUAACGUUUCAAAGCUUAGCAUCAAUACUAUUAAAAACAUUGUGAAUUUAUUGGUUAAGAAUACUGGGAACUCUGUGAGUGAUGAUGCAAUCAAAUCUACAUUUGAUCAGUAUGAUAAGAGCCUAACAUUUCCUCCCAGUGAUAAUAUGCUAAAGUGUAUUAUUAGGGAACCUAUAGAAGAUGGCCAAGGUUUUAGGUUGGGCGGGAUAAAUGAAGAGAACUGUUUUAUGGCCAAGAAGAUCAAGAUCAGGGCGUUGUCAAGGAACUCAAAAUUGUACCUGGAUGGAUCAAAAUGUAUCGAUUUUCACUCUGGAGAUACGGUUGUUAUAGCCGCUUUUAGUGCCGAUGUUAUACACUCUUGUUUAUAA